AUGAAGCCGAAGAUGAUGUGUCUGCGGAAGUGGAUACUUUUACUUCCUGCCCGUCUGUGCUUCGUCUCUUGGUAUUGCAAGCAGAGUGCAGUAGCAAGCAUAGACAGCGUCCGUGGAUCGAAGCCGCGUCCGCGCGUAUCUGAGGAGUACAGAAAUUGGGCAAGCAAGAGAGCGUUUCAUUAUGGCUCCACACCCGACACACGUGACGCGUACGCGUGCCAUAAGAUUCUCUUAUAAUAUUUACGAGAGUCUUCAGUCACCACAAACAAUAAUGUUCGUCCGUCGAGAUGGAAUAGAUUGUAAUCGUGCUGCUGGACUAAAUCUAGAAGUUGUCCUAGCUUUGCUCCCCCUUCUAAAUACAAGAGCAUACAAGAGGAGCCCAAGACCCAUGGUCUUCUAGUGUGAAAACUCCUUAUCGCAGCCCCUUCGCCCCAGGAGUUUUAUUGGUCGAGAGCGAACAGCCGAAGGAAGACGCACAAGAUCAGGGACGGCAAACGUCUAUGUUGGAGCUGACGCGGACGCUACCGCUUGCUACGAUUCAUUUAUGAUUUCAUUCUCAAGAACAAGUCAGAGAUCUUUGUCUUUUCUUCUUCAACUAUGUACAUCAGAUUAGCUUUUAAUUACUCAAAACGAUGGCCUCCGACCGCUUGCGGCAGCUUGUUGUGGAUUAGUAGAGUAGGAAAUUCCCGAUGCAUACAUUCGAUGGAAGCACGCUAUUCUCUGAGCACUGCUGAUGCUUGGUUGAGAGGUAUUCUGUCAAAUCAACACAUACUAGACAUAGCGAGAUUGAACUCAAAUAACUCUACCAGUGGUAUCAGAGGGCAGUGCCACGACUUUUAGCAGGAGCCGCUCCAAGAAGAUCAUGAGUUGUUCUUGUCCGAAGAUGGACUUGCUCUUUCAGAGAGCUGCAGCUCUAAUCGCUUGUAAUGAAAUUCUGGAGAGCAGACCGGUUCUGGCUCCAUCUACGACGCACGACAUAGAAUUUCAAGAACGUGAUGAAGUUGCUGGGGAAGUAGAAAUAGAAUCUCAGCAGUUUGAUCUAGAUCAGCGGACAAUUAUAGCGAGCAAAUUGGAGAAGCUUGCGAUGGUGCACUUCAGGAUUCAUGUCGCGGAGAUUCAGAUGUCGAGUAUCUACGACAUUUUUCGUGUUGACGAUACGGGAACCGAUGUCCGCGGUGGCGGUAUGCGCCUCGAGUUUUACGUUGAGCUGGAUGAGAAAAAAUAUAAGCCUGCAGCUGGUGCUUCUGCGGGUGGAGGAAGUCGGAACGACGUUAAGGCUGCUGAAGAGUAUUCACUUCCAUAGCUAUUUAGUUGAGGAGCAGUUCAUCUCUGUGGUUGCACUUGUCUGAGUACUUAGAUGAAAAGAUUUGAAAUGUAUGAAAUACUAGUACUGACUGCAAAUUGACAAUUACAUAUAAUGAUAAUUUUGAUUGACAUUGAGUGAUUGACUUCUAUGUCCCUAGACGUAAGUCAUGAGGCGCUGAGAACCACGGUGGCUUUAGGAAAUACAUACUGUCACAACUGGAUUGAUGAUCCUGUCUGUUCUAAAACAAGUAUUGGAGGAACCAGAACCUCGGAUCCACUCAUCCCAGGAGUUGAGCGCUAUCUGGCGAGAGUGCCUGUGCGCGAUCCUUAUCAAGUACUGAUUAUGGCUUGCCGAAAUUCAUCGUGCGAGGCAUUUUUCUUUGGUUCGUCCUACUCUUAACGCGUUGUAGACACUCCGAAGAAGAAGAUGACUCUGACUGACGAUAAAUCAAGAUAUACUUCAAGUAAACGUUGUAAGCUCUAAAUUGCGUAAUUGGUACGCAACAGGCAACAGCAUUCGAAAUCAGUAUAUUCCUCUUGAACUAGUAAAAAAGGAUCCACGAACGAAAGAAAUCAGAUGGUUCUACGUCCGCCGGGUCUACGAAGCCCCAAACAAGCAUUUUGUGGUUGUGCCUGCUCUUCAACACAGGUCCAGUACUUCUAGUUGUUCUAGUUCUACCCUAGGAGUAGCAGCAGGAAAAGCACAUGCAGCACAUUUUUGUCACGAAGCAGGUUAUCGUAACUUCAAGGGUAACGACCAGAGCCAAUGUGACGCGAAGGUAUCUCCAAGGCUUUCCAAUCAAGAUUCUUGGCAGCAAGACAUUAUAGGUCGCGGAAAAACGAAGGGCACGUUUUCUGAAAUUCUAGACCUGCGUUUGCAGGAUGCAGAGAGCGAAGAGAAACUUCUCUUGGCGCACGUACGCAGGAUGAAGCGAACUUCGUGCUUAGCUGGAGACGAGCACCAAGUCGACACUGAGCAGAUGAAACUAGUGCAUGCAAGUCGACUGUUGCAAGCUUAUCUGGGCGAGCUUCUAAGACAGAGCACGGAGUUUACUUUUACAGGGAGCGGACCACGCCUAGUAGAUUUUGCUUUACGAACGCAGAGGGAUCACAUGCGCAUGGUGAAGCGGCUCGUCAUGGCAGGAGCAAGCUUGCGCACCGAUGUGGGGCGUACAAAAGAAGAUGAAGAUGGCUGCGGCAGUGACGGGGAUCACCGCGUAGAAGAUGGAGUCCCAGCUCCUGUGGACUCGACUACAGUGAGAAAGCCUACUUCGAUGCCUUGUUCAGCCCCAGCGCGGCAAAUAAGUGAAAGUGCAAGUGAGGCUUCUAGGAGAAGUGUGACUGCGACUUCUACUCGGAUGUUUGAUGAAGAUCCAGCUCAGCGUGUAUCGUCAGCACCUCCCCCUCUGAUGGUGCUGCCUCCAAUUCUCGUUCCGGCGUUUGCUUCAGAGAGACAAGACGACCUGUUGAGAUGCGAAGAAAGCAUGCCUCCACCACCAAACACUUCAGCUGAGUCAGAAGAUGAUCGUAGUAAAAUUAGAAGUCCACGAGAAGGUCUUCAUCAAGGUCUAUGUGCACCUCCACCACCUGAAAGUCAAGAACGAUAUGCUUCUGGGGCGCAGGGAUCUUCUUUUGCUUUUUUGUCUUCCGCUUUCGCGCUGUCACCGCCGCCUGACGGGAGGGUCAAUCCUACUCGAGGACUGCAGACGAAAGACCAGCAUCUUCAUGACCACACGACCGCAAAGACGACGCCCUUGCGCGAUCUUUUGUUACAAUUUUCUCCUUCGCCGAAGCAACGUAGAGAUCAUUGUUACUACAGGAGAACCGGCAAACGGAGUCAGGACGGCCGUCUACGCACGUACCGCCAGAAUCCCGGAAAGAGAACAAUAAUGAUGAAAGCAGGUCAUACUAAUGAAAAUACUUGCUCUUCUCCUACUCCUACCGGAGAACCUGUAGCUGUACUACAGCGAGAAUGUGCAAGAGGUCCUCUUUCAUCUACCUCAUCGCCAGUGGAUGGAGGAUCAUUGCAGCGAUCGUCUUAUGCUCCCUCUGAUGAAACUCGCUCGAGGCGCCGAAGUCCCGAGCUCUAUUCUUCGGGGAACGCUAUUUAUGGGGAGGUUUUUGGCGUUCCUGUUACCGUGUGAUGACUCUCUGCAGUAGGAGGGAAAGCAUAACUAAUGCGGUAAUGAAACACCAAAAGCCUACCUCUGCCUCUCUAAGCUAAAGAGGCAACAUCAAGCCCCAAGUCUGAUGAAGUAAUAUCCUGUAAGUGGGGGCGAAAUUAUGAAGAGCGCCAGGAGCAGUGCUACUCUCCUGCCGGACCCAGCUGUCCUAUAAUAGUAGCGUUGCCACAACCGCCGGACGCUGCUGGAGGUUCGCCCGGGCCUUUCCCUGGUUCUCUCACAACUGACAGCCUCCCUGGAACCUCCACUUCCUCGCGAGACCUCCCGCCCCGAGAUAUCUUUGAUGGGAUUCUUCUUGAUGUUUCUCCUCGCGCCAGUGUCAAAGAAGCUGCACAUCGCGAUGGCGGUCGUAGUAAAACGAAUUUUACUAUGAAAUGCGGAGCAGGUCCUAGUAGCUUCAAUCGAGUAGGUGUUGUUGAGCAGCGUGCGGCGUGCCAGAGGCAGAUGCCAUCUCGUUCACCACCACCUCUCACGUCCUUGGAUGCAAGUAUUGCCAGACAUGCAGCGCCGCCCGCCCCACCCUCUCGUCCAAAAUGUGCUCCUCAACACAGGACGUUGGAGCAGCUUCGGGCGGAGGAGGGGCGACUCAAGCAGUUAAAGGAGGAUGCGGAGGCUGCGAAGCUCACCGAGCUCGCAAGCGUCGCACGUGGCGCAGUCCGGCAGGACCUAGGAGAAUACCUUCCAGUAGAUGCAGUGAUUCAUUGGGACUCUGAUGCAGAGUCUAGGGGGGACCCAGUGCGCGAAGUGAAGAUUACAGAACCUGAUCUGCGUUGGGGAGUGUUGACACAAAUCAGAAACCUUGCUGGCAUCUUUGAACUGAGCGGGACCUCCUUGCCGCGGCACAAUCCCUUCAAAGAUCUAGUGGACAGACGUGGAGAGAUUUUAGCUGAAUUGAAAAGAGCGCGAGCGGAUAUUGCUGAGCAGGAAGCAAAAAAGCAAAAGGUCAGGAGUCUCAUGCGUCAAGCUCAACAGCACUCUACUUAUUUGGGAGGAGAGGAGGUGUUGUCUUCUUACGCCGCACUUGCAACCUAUAUCGACCACGAAGAGUUGUUGGCCUCCGCGCUGCAACUUCCACAACGACCAUCCUUCUUGACUACAUCACCGGAUCAGAAUCGAUCACCUCUGCACGACAUCAAUGCGAGUGCAACGCCGACCAUUCCCGAAAAACGAAGGUCUGUGACUGAGUUGGAGUCGAUGCUUUCACACAUCGAGGAGGUUAUGGUGCCCAUGGUACGCGCGGAAUGCGCAAAUGGCCAUCGCAAAGCUAUCUUGCAUCUGGCAGAGCUUGGCUUGCUGCAUAAACUUAGCAGUGUCCCGCUCUUUUCUCAGGCAGUGCGAGGGGAGGAAACAGUAACGGAAGAUGACGAGCAAGUAGAGAAGACGACACCGACAGUCGCAGAAGAUGGUCCAUGCGAAGAAGAUCUAUUUCCUGCGCGCAGACGAGCUACGGAGGAGCAAAAAGAAGAAAUACAAGACAACUUAUCUCCCUCUCCUUGGUUAGAUAUGGACGAUUUUUCCCCGAAAUCCGAGAUGAAACCUAGCGAAGCAAGGGCAACCCUAAGAACCAUGAGCCCUGAGCUGCCUACGGUUGUGCCUUCCUUUUUGCGAAGAGAGGACCUGAUCGUGCCUCGAGGAGCAGAAACACAGGACGGCAAUAGUUCUUACGUUGUUGUGGAUGAUAUCAUCGAAGAUCAUGCUUCUACCAUGCUUGGGGCGGAGGGCGCGCAAGAUAUUAUGGCGUCAGAUCACGCUCACGGGGAGCAGGAGGACGUCGAGGAUGAGCACACUUGUGGUAGUUCGUCUCCUGCCCGAAACCAAUUUUCCACAAGGAUCGGAUCAGAGCGACCAGAACAGACCAAGAAGACAAGACGUGGACGCGAGAAGAAGAAAAGAAAAAGGAGCGAAAACAUCUACAACAAGGACGAUGAAGAUUCUCGUGUCAUUGAAAUGCCAGGGCGGAAAAAGACCGUUCGUUUUCUGGCAAGACAGACGCUGUGGCAAGUUGUGAUUGAGAACGCGGACCUGGAAAUGCUCGAGGCAAUGUUGCGAGGUGCGCGAGUGCGGAGUGAACGGCCGGCCUUCGCGCCUAAUCUAGAGGAGGUGCCUGCUGUGAUUUACUUCGCCCUACUCUGGUAUGCAGAGAGUGGGCUGCAGAAGUUGGCGAAGCGGUUUGAAACCGCUGUCCAGAGGACGAAAGCGGAGAUUGAAAUCACCUACGAGGAGUCAGACGAAUCGGCGUCGGCGACUACCGCAGACGACGAUAGCAUAGUUAAGGGUAGGCUUUCGGUUUCGGUCUUCCUGUCACUGAUAGCCUUGCUUUCUUUGAGGGGAAAAGCAUAACUGCGAACGAGGUCAGGUAACACCGAAGCGGCCCCACCUCUAACAUAACCUCGACCACACCGGCAGGCUUUGGCGCCGGGCCGUCCGCUAGUGGAUCUUCACUUUCCGGCAAUGAGCGGGGUUCCUUUGGAAUGACCAUAUUUCACGGAGCCGCUGCUGCUGUGUCGCGGGGAAUGGAGCAGGCCGGGUCGAAUGGAGCACAGUUGCAGCAUGAUAGUGCAGAAUAUAUUCCAGAGUUCGACGCUUCGACCAUGUUGGAUGUGGUACACUCGAAAGAGCCUUCACUAGCUCGAGAAGCUGCGGCAUUGCUGCAGCUACGGGAGCGCUUGCUUGGACGAGAACGACAAGAGUUUCGACUUUCGGAAACUAGACUCGUUCGGGCGGUCAGUCGUGCGGUAGAAGAAUCUGUACUAGGAGAAUCGCAGCAAGAACAAGGAAAUGUGCAACAGCAGCAAGAUGCUGCUGACACGACUAUGACGCAACACGGUGUUGAUGAUGGCGCUGAGCGCAACUCUGAUUCGACCAGUUUGGAAGACUUGGGCUAUUCAGCUGAUGAAGUUCCUGGCGGCCAGAGUGUCUUUUUCUUAAGAGACGUAUCGACAACAUCAACGAAUGUUACUUAUUUAUCUUUGAAACUUUGCAACUCAAUACUAGGAUGAAAAUAAGAGUCCAUGGUGGAUGAAUUCCAGAUGUGGCUGCGGUGCCUCUAAUUUUUGUUCGUAAGCGACGAUCUUCAUGUCGAACUGGUGGAGAUGACGAUCAUCGGGGCGGGAAGUUCCCAUCCACCUGCAGUGUAACGAAGAGAACACAACAUGUCGUUGAUGAAGAAACGCGGCACCGACGAGACGCGCUACUUUUAGAGGAGGAAGUCGAACCAUUGUGGCUCGCAGACGCGCUCAAGGGCAUUGGGAAUCUGCUGCCUGACCCGCAGCGUGACCAUGAUGAUCAGCUUAUUACUGAUUUGUUAGAAGGAAGGCAUAGGCAGCUUAACCUAAACGAGAGUCUUUAUAUAACUUCUGCAGAUCAUGUUGAUAAUGCAAGCGAUUCCGAGCAGAAUGCAAGCCACUCCGCCUCUGAAGCCGAAAGUCUUCGUUCAAACGAACAGAAAAGUUCCGAAGGACAGCGCUCGGCUUCGUUUAGUACCGAAGAAGAAGAUGACGGAGAGAGUGCACUGGAGGCGCGACGACGGUACGAAAAAGAGCGGGCUUUCGCAAUGCGCGAGUUGUUCGAAAAUCGCCAGGCGUUGCGCAAAGUCCUCGAAAAUCCCAGCUUUCGUGGCAUUUUGGAAGGCGCCAGCGCUUCUCCCCAAAACCAAACAACUACCCCGGCUGCUUCAAGCGACGGCGAUGCUUCUGCGUUUCCUUUUUUUUUGGGUCCCGUUUUAGAUGGCAAGCCUCCAGCAGGUUGGCCCGAGGUGCCAGUGGCGGGUAGAAUCCAUGCGCGAACACUCCGCAUGGCAAGCUCUGAGAAACCCGUGGAUCUGA